AUGCUCACGUCACAACCUCGUUCCUCGUCGGGGGCUGCUUUCCCCUUUUUGGUCGCAGUCAUUUUGUCAUUGACCACGCGGUCUCAUGGACUAGAUAUUUCCUACUGCUCACCAGAGAACAAUGCGGGCGAUUACCCAGCCUACUACAAUCUAUUUCAGUCCAAUGGAGCAUGCCAGGAUCAUUGUCAAGAAUCCUAUGCGUUUGCCGUCCUGCAAGGCGCCUAUUGCUGGUGCUCCGAUUACGUCCCGGCCGAGCAAGAAAGCACCAACAAUUGCAAUGAACCGUGUCCCGGGUAUCCUGAUGAUUUGUGUGGUUCAACCGAAUCCGACCUGUACGGAUAUUAUCUUUUGAGUUCCGCAACUCCCCUAGGUACAUCUGGAACCGUGUCCAGCACGUCGUCUCCCACUUCCUCUCCGUUGGUUAGUACCUCCCUGACAGACACCGGAUCACUCUCCCCUUCCUCUGACACCCGGACAACCUAUCCCUCCUCUUCCGUGGUAACCGUUAGAUCCUCUCAGAGCUCCGAUGAGGCUAGUUAUACGACUUCCUCGAGCGAUGCCUCUACGACCUCCACCACUUCAUCAACAUCGUCUUAUCGCUCAUCGACCGAUCCAGCGACCACCUCUCCUCCUUCAAACCCGACUCCUGCUUCCUCGCCAUCUUCAGUUUACACGAGUAUUACGACGGUGACUGGAGAGGUUCGAACGGUUGUCAUCACACCAAGUGCCACGACGGAUGCAACUCUAAGCCAAGCGUCCACCGGCGGUGGCGGUGUUAGCACCGGAAAGUUGGUUGGAAUCGUUGUCGGUGUUGCUCUGGGGAUAGGUGCUCUAAUCGGAAUUGGAGUCUGGCUCUGGUUCCGAAGGCGACAGAUGAAGCGAGAGAUGGGAGGUGGACCCGAAACGACCUUUAUGCCUCGGACUGGGGACUCAUCCCCGUCGAACAAUAUUCCAUCACGACAAGUUAGUCAGUUGUCGUCCUCGGGUUUGCUUGGGAGCAAAAUUCCUCGUAUCAACACUUCAGGAAUAUCUUUGGGCAAUGACCCUCGAAGUGCCGAUAACAAUUCCUCCGGCUUUGAUCGACGAAGUUUGGGAACCGACCAAAGACUGAACCCGUACGCACUCUACAUCCAUGACGAGAGCCGCCUUAGCAGUGUAUCUCUGCAAGACAACCAGGAUUAUUCUAGGCAAUUACGGGUGAGUGCUGCUGACACACUUGUCGGGGUUGAAGCGCUGAUGGUGGAAUAG